UACUGGUUCUCCUAUCAUAUCGCUUCAUGUCCUGUCGUGAGGUCGUAAUUUUAAUGUCUCCGUUUAAAGUAGAUAAAUAUAAGAACUAUUUGUUGGACGAAUAAUUUUGCAUGGUAUUUUGACGUAAGUAUCUAAUAAAAAUCUGGCAGCUAGGAAUAGUGGAAAAUGGCACGUGCCGGAGAUUUCGCAAUGGCACUGGAACUGCAUCAGCAGCUAAACAACAACAUAGGAGUGACAGAAAAUGCAAUUCUUCCAAAGAAUCAUCGAGAUACAAACUUCUCACCCAAAACUUUGGUAGAUGAGACAUUAGAACUUAUAGAUCCAACGCCAAAUAUUCACACAUUAUUUGUACAAUUCAACACCAGAUACUUUUGGAACAAACUGUUGCCAGUCGAGGUUAAGUGGAGCAAAAGAAUGACCAGCUGUGCUGGAGUCUGUAGUUUCCAUCCACGAAACAAACAAUGUGUCAUAACGCUCAGUGCACCUUUACUUAAAUUGAGACCCCGGAAAGAUCUUGUGGAAACGCUGCUACAUGAAAUGAUUCAUGGAUACUUAUUUCUAACGAAUAAUAAUCGAGACAGAGAUGGUCAUGGCCCAGAAUUUCACAAACACAUGUAUCGAAUAAACAAGGAAGCUGGAACGCAAAUAAGUGUAUAUCAUAGCUUUCAUGAUGAGGUAAGACUCUACCAGCAGCAUUGGUGGCGCUGUGAUGGCCCAUGUCAGAAACGGGGUCCCUUCUUUGGGAUGGUUCGUCGUGCUAUGAACCGGGCCCCAGGAGUCAAUGAUUAUUGGUGGCAAAUGCAUCAGUCUAGUUGUGGUGGAAAAUUUAUAAAGAUACGAGAGCCAGAGAAGCCGGUGAAAAAGUCAACCAAAGGGAAAAAGCUUCCCAAAACACCAACGACCAAACUUGUAUCAGAUUGGUUGACAAAGCCUGAUAGUUUUAAAACUACAUCAGUCACUAAAAAUGAAGCACCUAAACAACCAAAAGCCGGUACUUCAACGAAACUCGGGAAUUCCUCAAAUAAUAUUCAUGGAUGGGGCGUGGGUGGACCUUCAACAUCAAACGCUAAUAAUACUGGAAGUAGAAAAGCUGUCAAUAAUCCCGUUAAAUCAAAACCCAUAAGUGCUAUCGUUCCAUCAACAAGCAAGCCUUCAACUGUUACAAAACUUGGAAAUACUUCAAACAAUGUUCAUGGUUUUGGUGUGGGUGGUCCAACGAGCACUGGUACUUCGAUUCCUUCAUCUACAACCCAUCCACCAAAAAGUGCCAGACUUUAUGGGACUGGAGUUGUCGGAGGUUCAGCCACUGGCAAAAGUAUUUUGCUGGAUAAAUUUUCUUCAUCACAAGCUACCAAGCCAUCUAACGGUAUAAAUGCAAUCAAACCACAGAAUCGCGAAAAUAUUCCAGUGUUCACCAUAGAUCUUACGAGUCCCCUUAAACGAACAAAAAAUGAUACCAGUGAUGCAGGAAAUACAAAAAUACCUAAAUUAGAAAUGGAAAAACCCUCAGAGUCUGCCCAGUGUCCUGUCUGCAACGCGUUUAUAAUCAUGCGGAAGCUUAAUGAUCAUCUUGAUGAAUGUUUGUUAGCUGAACUAAGUGAUGAUGAAAAUUCUAAUACACCAAAGUUAUCCAAAACUUCAAAUGAUAGCCAAAGUCAUAUAACUGAAGCUAAAAAAUCAACAUCUUCAAACGGCCCGAAUCAUAGCAACAGUAAUUCUGUGAGGUCCAGUCAAUCAACUGAUCAACAUCGACGACAGUGUCUUGUUUGUAAUGCUUUAAUAGAUCCAAAGAUGACACUGAAUGAUCAUUUGGAAAUGUGUAUAGGAUCACUUUUUCAUGACGAUACAACCCUUGGAUAUGAAAAAGGUGACUAUGAUGAAAAAACAGACAAAGACGACCCACAGGAAAAAUUUCCUUGUCCUGUCUGUACUGUACUCGUUACCAAACUAGACAUGGAACAACACUUAGAUAGCUGCCUCAGCAUGGCUUUGAUCAAAGAUAAUCUCGUGUGGUGAUUUAUUCCAGGCUGGAUAAUAAGUGAAAAACAAAAUCUAGCAAAGACUUCAACAUUGAAAUAUAAACUAACAUAAGCUCAGCUGUGAUUUUUUGAUACGACGUUUCAUCAUUAUAUUGAAUUAUUAUUUUAUUUGUUUUAGACCUUAAUGAUUGUUGGUCUUUGUUCUUUCAUAAUUUUUGCUUUUUCAAUUCUGGUGAAACCAAUAACCAUUGAACAUGGAUAUUGAUUAUUUUUUUUCUCAAUAUUAAAAGUGAUUUGUAAUGCCCUCAAAUCUCUUCUGUACUACGAUUCAUAAUGUGUUCGCUAUUAUUAUAAUAUAGAUAUUUUAUCAAGCUGUACCCUAAUAAAGAACUCAGUCUAUUUUUCAA